AUGGCGCCUUCCAUCGUCAAAGAAGAGCCGAUUGCUCUCAUGAGCAAAAAAGACCGGCGCCAGCAAGAGAAAAAGUCAUUGAACAAAGUCCAGAUACACAACCGCACCGUGACCGUCCAGAAGUUGAACAUUAGGCAAUAUCCAAAAUUCAACGGUCUGGAGGAAGAGAGGCUCUACCGUAAACAGCACCUAGCAGCCGGCGUUUCGGGACUAAACCCACGUUCCCAGCACUUCUCCCAAAUCUCCGACUCAGACUUGAUCCUAAUCAAUGAAAACGACGACGUCGUCAUCGGCACGGAGCCCGUAAAUUCAGCUGCCUUUGCCAUCCACUCCGAAAUUCACAAGGCUCGCCACAACGUUAGCCUUGCCUGCCAUGCACACAGUGUUUCCGGUAAAGCCGUCUUUGACCGCGAACUCGACAUGAUGACCCAGGACGCGCUGCGCUUCUACCAAUCCCACGCCGUUUACAGCGAAUUCCGUGGUGUAGUGCUGAAUCGCGAAGGGGACGCUCGGGGAUGGCAGGGCGGUGAUUUUGCAGAAUCACGGGCUGUUGACACUGGAACCGGUCAUAAGAAGAUUAUAAUCGAUGAGGAAAAAGCAGAGGUAACUGCGAAGCAGCUUAGGGCCCAGAUAUGGAGUGGUAGGCGUUCUAGGGUUAUUAUGAUGAGCAGCCUGCGAGGACGAAUGGAUCGUUCUUAA